CUGUGUUUUGUGUCACCGACAAAAAAGUUGUUAUAGAUGUAGACAGAAUAAAAAUUUAAACUUAACAAAUUUUAAAAGUCUGAGCAUAAGUUUGAAAUAUGAGUAAGACUCCAAAUGAUUCCAAGAAUUCUGUGAACAACGGCAUAAAUUUAUUCACCACUUCGUCCAAAGCAAAGUUGGCAGGAUGUGUGGAAAUUGGACCUCACGACUACGAGCCUUUCCAACACAGAGACUUUGUCAACGGUCUCGGAACCAUGGGGGCGCUUUUCCACAUGAUUAAAGGGAGUCUUGGCUCCGGUAUCCUCUCCAUGCCAAUGGCCUUCAGGGACGCGGGCCUCUGGGUCGGACUCAUCGGAGCAAUCCUCAUAGGAAUGCUGUGUACACACUGUGUGCAUAUACUGGUGAUGUGUUCUCAAGUAUUAUCAAAGAGGAUUAAGCGACCCAGUCUAGGGUUCGCAGAAACUACAGAAGCUGCCUUUUCCACAGGUCCUGUCAUGUUUAGGCGGUACGCAGGAGUGGCCAGGGAGGUGGUAAAUGUGUCUCUUAUUUUGUCCUACUACCUUGGCACAACUGUCUACAUAGUAUUCAUUGCUGCUUCAUUCAAACAGGUAGUAGAUAGUGCCAUGCAAGUGGAUCUCAACAUUAGGCUGUACAUUCUCAUGGUGAUGGUGGUGAUUGUUCCCAUCGGUAGUAUUCGUCACCUCAAGUAUCUAGUGCCGUUCUCAUUCUUCGCCCUCCUCUGCCUCAUCUUCGGCUGUGGUUUCGUCCUCUAUGAUGUCUUCACGGACCUUCCACCACUCAGCUCCAGGCCGUUCUUCAGUUCGUGGAAGCAAUUGCCACUGUUCUACGCCACGAUGUGCUUCUCUAUCGAGGGGAUUGGAACGGUGCUUCCUAUAGAAAAUGCCAUGAAGAAACCCAAGCACUUCCUGUCGUGUCCGUGGGUGCUGAAUGUAGCCAUGACGUGGCUUGUACUCAUGUACUCUAUGGUGGGGUUCUUCGGCUACCUCAGAUACGGAGAGGCCACGGAGGGCAGUGUGACCCUUAACCUUGGACAUACAUUCAUGGGUGAAAUGGUAAAGAUCCUGGUGGCACUGAAUGUAUGCUGCUCGUACGGACUCAUCUUCUGUGUUCCCAGCGAGAGUAUGUGGAAAUACGUUGAACCAUUGGUCAAAGAGGAGAAUAAAACUCGCUCUUACUAUACUAUGAGGCUACUGCUUAUAUUGGGCACAGUGGCUCUAGCCACAGCCCUGCCAGACCUGGAGCCAGCCAUAGGUCUGGUAGGGACCAUCUGCUACUCCACCCUGGGUCUGCUCUUCCCGUCCCUCCUGGAGCUCAUCACAUUCUGGGACGACCCGGUGUACAUGGGUCGGUGGCGCUGGAGGUACUACAAGGACUUCCUGCUGAGCAUUGCGUGGUUGGUAGCCCUGGUGGCCGGCCUGCAGGCUAGCAUAGCUAAGGUUGUAGAGAUCUACUGGAAUUGAGGUAGCGGGAAUUGUUGGAGAAGGAAAAAUGGAGUGGAAAGUUGGUAACCCUUGUGUAAAUUCCAAUGAAUAACUAUUGAUAAAAAUAGACAUCGCAUUUCUGUGUUAAAUUUGUUACCAGAUUGACAAAAAAUGAAAUAUUUUGAAUUGAGCCAACAGAAUGCACAGGAAUUAAUGAUUUCUUUCAAAAACACCAACUUAUUAACUAAAUACUUAGUCAACAAAUUAUAUUUUAACUACUGUGUAUGCAUAAAAGAUUAAAUUUAAUUUAAGCCUUGUGAUAAAUUAGUCGCUUUUACAAUAUUGUGUUUGGUUGGUAAAUUUGAUAAAGGAUGGUUUUAUGUUAUAUGACUUUUUAAAGAUAUAAAAAUGUUAAACCCAUUUGACAAGUUAACAUAAAUCGUAAUACUACCUUAGACGGUUUUAUUUAUAGCAAAAUGCUUUUGUACAAUCUAUGUCUUGUGUAUUAGUGUAUUAGUAUCAGUCUAGUAUUAGUGAUGUGAUAUUAACUGUAAAGCUGUAAAGCCUCAAAAGUAGUUUAUGUAUGGCAAAAUUUGUUAUCGAGAUUGUAAAUAUUAUGUAUAUAAACAUUGUUGUUAUAAUUACUUUAUGAAACUUCAUAUAAAAUGCUAUUAAAUGUUAGUUUUUAUGCAAUUAUUUCAACAAUAUUUAUCCUUUAAUGGUUUUCUGGUCUCCUCUCUCCACAGUAGUUAUAGCAUGUUUAGUUUCUAUUCCACACAUAGUUUCUUAUUUGAUUCCUUGUACAGAACCGGUGUGGCAGUGUAAUGUAAAAACACUGUAAUUGGACUUUUUGUAUGUUUACACAUUGUAAAAGACUCGAUUUUCAUUCAUAAAUUAGCAUAUGAUUUACAAACUAUUCUAUUGUUUGAACAACACUCCACCUAUUUUUCAAAAUUUUUGGAUCCUGUAUAUGGUGUAAUUGACCUAUUACCUUGUUAUGUCAUAAUUAGUACAUACACACACAUUCGAUAAAAGGGUUUGCUUGAAGACCAAUACUAGCUAAAUAACAGUUUUGAGUGAAUAAGGGGGAGACUUUAACAGUUAAUUUCUUUGGUAAUUGAAAUUUUGGAUGCAAAAAUUUAAUUUGAAGUUAAGUGCUGUAUUUUAUGCAUAUGUGAGUUACAUUUCAUCACAAACUGUGCCCUUGAUGGCUAGACGAACCGGAGACAUGAACACCCUGAAGUUGACAUUUUCUGGGUUUAGAUUUCCAAAAAAG